GCUCCGCCCGGAGCGCUCGCUCGGCUAGCUUGGGUGGAGCCGUUAUCUUCGCCGCCGCCGCCGUCCCGUCCAGUCCCGUCGUACGCGUGACCAAUCUCCUCCGUCAGCAUGGGCGUCGAAGGCUGCACCAAAUGUAUCAAGUACCUGCUCUUCUUCUUCAACUUCAUCUUCUGGCUGGCGGGAUGCGUGAUUCUGGGCGUGGCCCUGUGGCUCCGACACGAGCCUCAGACCAGCAGCCUGCUGGAGAUCAACUUUGAGGGACAGCAGGCGCCCAGCACCUUCUACAUCAGCGUGCACAUUCUGAUCGCGGUGGGCGCGGUGAUGAUGGUGGUGGGCUUCCUGGGCUGCUACGGCGCCAUCCAGGAGUCGCAAUGCCUGCUGGGAACGUUCUUCGCCUGCCUCGUCAUCCUGUUUGCCUGCGAAGUGGCCGCCGGAAUCUGGGGCUUCAUGCACAAAGACACCGUUUCCAAGGAGAUGAUCAACUAUUACGACUCCAUCUACGACAAAGCCAUGACGCAGAGCGUCACCGCCGACACGGAGAAGAAGAGGGCGGCCGCCUCCGUGCUCAAAGUCUUCCACGAGACGCUGAGCUGCUGCGGCAAGGGUCAAGGCACGUCCUUGCUGACGCAAUUCACGGACAUGCUGGGCGUCACCGACCUCUGUCCCAGCUCCGGAACGCCAUACAGCUGCCACAACCGCAUCACCGAGCUGUUCUCCGACAAGAUCUACCUGAUCGGCAUCGCCGCCCUGGUGGUCGCCGUCAUCAUGAUCUUCGAGAUGAUCUUCAGCAUGGUUCUGUGCUGCGGCAUCCGCAACAGUCCCGUCUACUAGAAGCUCCCGGCGUCUUUCCUCCGAGCGGGAAGCGUAUUUAGCUUGCUGGAUUCCCGCACGACGGCGUUUCCGCGCCGCCCGUCUUUUAUUCCCCAUGCUGGAGCCCGCCUAACCCCGACCCACAUGUAGAUACACAACGGUAUAUCCUCCUUUUUAAAAACCCGGGUGCCCUCCUCUGGCAUUUUGUGCCCAUUUUUCUCCAUUGUUUUUUUUUUUUUUUUUCAUUUGACCAUCAUUUUGGGAGAAAAUUAAAAUAUUGUUUUCCAUGCCUUUUACACUUUUUUUUUUGGGGCACAUUUUGCUCCCUCUGGACACCAAAAAUGUACACGCACCAACCAUACUGGAGCUAUUAAAUCAUCAUUCAUCCCAAAAAUCAAUGAAACAACUUCACGCGUCCUACCAACUGUGAGUUUUAGAACAUUUCCGCUGAUCUUUCCAGACCCACAAAAUAUAAUUUUCUGCGGCAAUACGACCACUGAGUCUACCAAAAAGUAUCUUUCACCAGAAAAACAAGUAAACAUCUUUGACAUUGAAAAUGUCAAAGAUUUGCGACAAAAUUCAUUUGCUUGCUUGCACAUGGAAAUUAUCCGCAAAAGAUAUUCAUGCAUGACAAUUUGCAUGUAUAGUUUUGCCACAAAGGUGCCCGAAGGGCACCUUUGAGGAGGGCACGCUGGUUAUUAACAUGUCGCCCCCUCCCCCCCACUGUUUGAUGUAUAAACUGUGUGUAAAUAUAUAUACAUAUAUAUAUACAUGUAUUAACAGUGCUUUUUGAGCGCAUGGAUAUAUCGUGCACUGCCAGACGAUGGUGCUCUCACGUCGCGUUCACUCGCUUAACUGUCCCACGUUUUGGGAAAGCUGGUCGCAUGCUCACGUGCGUUAAAUGUGCUAAAAAAAAAAAAAAAAAAAAAAAAAAAAAAAAAACACCUUCAGCUCAAAAAUUGAAGUCCAUUGGUCCACGUGUCAGGCACGGAUGUUCAAAUACAUUUUUUCGUUUUUAAAAUUAAUGCAAACGUUAACUGCAUUUAUGAAGGACUCCCAAAAUUAUCCAAGAAAAAAUGAAAAAAAAAAAAAAAAAAAAGCUUUUUGGGGGAUUUUUAACUACACAAAACGUAACUUCGCUUCAGCAACAUGAUCAAACAGAAAUGGCCAAAUGUUUGUUCGAUUAAAAAAUAAAUAAAUAAAUAACAACAACAACAAAAAACUUCAAUAAAGAAGUCUCGAAAUCUUUAUGGAUUUUUUUUAAAUUAUUAAUAAAAGAAGACCACGGGGAAAAAAGUCGUAAUGUUCUGAGAUUUUUUAAUUUUUUUGCUGUAACGAUAACACACUUAGCCUAGCCUCCCUGAUAUUAGCAUGUUGACUAUGCAAAAGUGGCAAAUUUUUUCUGCCCGUUUUUUUUUUUUUUUUUUUUUUUUAAAUGAAAGAUUCCAAAACAGAUGAAAGAAAAAAGUAAAAAUGUUGAUGAUUUUUGCUUUAACAAUUACACAAAACGUGGCAUAGCUUCGCUGACAUUAGCACGCUACGUAAACAAAAGUGGCAGAAUAUUUGUACAUUUUUUUAAAAGUUAAAAAAACCUUACGGAGGAUAAAAAAAAAAUAAAAAAAUCAUGUUACGAGAUGCUUUUUGCUAUAAUGAUCACAGAAAUCAUUAGCUAGCAUUAGCCAGGAUUACAAAACAUCAAAGGCAACGGGAAAAAAUCUGUAAUGUUACGAUUAUUUUUGGCCUGUGGCAUAUUUUUUAUACAAUAUAGAAGACAGCGAUGUAGGGGGAAAAGUUGUAGGAUUCUUUUUUUCUUUAACCAUAAAACAUUUGCAUGUUUCGUUCAGAAAAGUGGCAAAAUCUGUACGACAAAAAUAAAAAAAUAAAAAUACAAAAACUACGUCAGAUUGUUACACUGAAAAAAAAAAAAAAGUCGUAUUGUUGAAUGCCGCGGGAUAUUUGCUGACGAUAAUGUCAAAGCUGUUUUUUAGUUUAAAUGGAUUUUAACUGCUUCGCUAGCUUCGCCCACGAAUCGUGUUUACCGAAAGUGUUUAUGCACGUGAUUCAGGAUUAAUGAAGGAUUACACCGAAUAGAACAAAUUUGAAUGUUUGUUUUGAUCUCGAAAUAUUAACUGCUACACGACAUUUGCAUGUGUAAUAACCGCUGUUUGGACGCCCCUGCCUGGUCUCGUAGUUUCCGUUCUAUUUGCGUUGUGAAACAUUUUGACGCUCGUUUGUUGGAGGAGAAUCGUAUCGAAAGUGUUAGCUUUGUGCUCGACCCCACCAUCGCUAUUGUUGCUAACGUGUCGUCCCAUUCGUGGAGAUCAACCUUAACGAGCCAUCGACCAAUCAGACGCCGCCGCCUCCUCUUCAGUGUCUUCUUCUCGUUCGUCGUCGUCGUAUUUACACUCAAAAGUACUAAUUAGUAAUUAGCAGAUGCCUCGUUUCUCUGGUACGUCCUGAGGGGGCGGAGAUGCGGGCGGGGCCACGAGUGUGCACUGACGUCGCUGCACUCUGAUUGGCUGCCACCAGCCCAUAGGCCCCUCCCCCCGCCACCCCGCUCCUGGUGACUUGUUUGCCCAAAUAUAAAAGGGAUUAAAUGUAUUUUACAAAAA